AUGUCAUUUGAUCCAACUGUACCUUAUAUCGGCUUCCCACCGCCACCGAUGCCAGAAAUUGGAUUUGAACCGAUACCAGUUCUGCCUCCCAGGUUCCCAGAAACGGUUCCUGAACCUGAACCCGAAAUCAUUGACUCACCGCCUCCGAUUGACUGGGUACCAGCAACACGUCAAACAGCGUACACUCUGAUGAGUCGGGCUUUCGUUGGUGGCAAGGAAGGUUGGGAUAGCAGCCCAUUGUGGGUAAUCCGAGCCUACAUACAAGACGGAUUAGUUCCCGGCAAGUUGGCUGUCAAACAUGGUGCAGCUUACGUCCCUCUAUCUGGCAAGGAAGUACCUAUACAGGAGUUUGAUGUUCUUUGUGUGGAACCAGGGGCAGCGCAGUGGGUGUCCGCUAAGGAAGAUGAGAUCCCCGAUGGGGCAAUUCCAGCGGGAAAUACCCAUGUGGGUGAACCUCUUUACAUCGGCAGGGUGAAACAUAGGGGAUCGCUUACACCAGGGAAAGUACAACCGAGUCACAAAAAAUGCUACAUUUCCUUCGGCGGAUCCGAAGUUGGCUACAAGAAAUAUGAAAUCCUCUGCGAGGUGUUUUAG